UCCAUUCAUUGAUUUCAUUCAUCCACCUCAAGAGUGUACAAGGAAGAAGAAGCACCAGCAGCUUUUCUUGAUGCUACCUUGAUCCAUCAGCAGCAGCUUCUUCGUCUGCUUUUUGGGGAGAUUAUUAGGAGUAGGAGUAGGAUUACUAGUUAUUUGAUUAUUACUAGUAGCUAGGGAGUGAUCGAGCGAGGAUGUUGGCGGUGUUCAGCGGCGGUGUGGUGGAGGUGCCGGCGGAGCUGGUGGCGGCGGGAAGCCGGACGCCGUCGCCCAAGACCAGGGCGUCCGAGCUCGUCGGCCGGUUCCUGGGUGCCUCCGAGCCGGCCGUCUCCGUGCAGCUCGGCGACCUCGGCCACCUCGCUUACUCCCACACCAACCAGGCACUCCUCCGCCCAAGGUCGUUCGCGGCGAAAGACGAGGUGUUCUGCCUGUUCGAGGGUGUGCUGGACAACCUGGGGCGGCUGAGCCAGCAGCACGGGCUGUCCACCAAGGGCGCCAACGAGGUGCUCCUCGUCAUCGAGGCCUACAAGACGCUCCGUGACCGGGCGCCCUACCCGGCCAGCUUCAUGCUCGCACAGCUCACCGGCAGCUACGCCUUCGUGCUCUUCGACAAGUCCACCAACUCCCUCCUCGUCGCAUCUGAUCCUGAGGGCAAGGUGCCGCUCUUCUGGGGGAUCACUGCUGAUGGCUGCGUCGCCUUCUCUGAUGACAUUGACAUGCUCAAAGGAUCAUGUGGCAAAUCGCUCGCGCCUUUCCCACAAGGUUGCUUCUACUCUAACGCCCUUGGAGGCCUGAAGUGCUAUGAGAACCCCAAGCACAAGGUCACUGCUGUUCCUGCAGACGAGGAAGAAAUCUGUGGUGCAACUUUCAAGGUGGAAGGGUCUACAGUCCUGACAGCGCUGCAUUUUUAGGAGAUUUCCGUGUGGAAGCGUGGGUGGAGCGCAAUGCAAUGCAGAACUGUUGUACAUGCAUGGUGGAUUGGUGGUGUAACAUAGUGGCAAGUCAUGUUCAUGCAACUGAGUCUAUCUGUGUAAUGCAUCUUUCAUAAAAAGAGAAGUACUGGAGGCACUUAAGGGUUGAUGGUUGUGUGUGUACCCUGUAUCCCUAGGUGUUCAACUUACAUGGAACUUGGGUGGUUGAGACAUGGUGCUAAUAUAAUCGAUCGGUUGCGUGGAAUAUGUGAAGUUUGUAAUCUGUUCCUAAUAACAAAGCUUUGUUUCUCCAGUCGUCGUUGUUCAUGUGAUGAAUG